GCAAGAAGCGACGGCGCAGAGCGGUGGCGCGCAGCUCCGGUUCCCCUUUUCCCCUUGCUGGGCGAGAGGUGUCUAUGGGGCACCCGCCGCCACCGCCGCUACCGCCACCGCCACCGCUGCCGGGUGCUGUCUCUAUGGCGAGAAGGAGGAGGAGGAGCGCGAGCUCAGCGACACAAGUACACAAAUAAAGGAUAAAGUAUUUUAUGAAACAAAUCUUCAAUCAAGUAUAACAUUUUGAUGCAAGGCAUCUAGACCCCUUGUGCUCUCACUAUGCCAGCAGCAACUGUAGAUCACAGCCAAAGAAUAUGUGAAGUUUGGGCUUGCAACCUGGAUGAAGAAAUGAAGAAAAUUCGUCAAGUUAUCCGAAAAUAUAAUUACGUUGCUAUGGACACCGAGUUUCCAGGUGUGGUUGCAAGACCUAUUGGAGAAUUCAGGAGCAAUGCUGACUAUCAGUACCAACUAUUGAGGUGUAAUGUAGACUUGUUAAAGAUAAUUCAGCUAGGACUGACAUUUAUGAAUGAGCAAGGAGAAUACCCUCCAGGAACUUCAACAUGGCAGUUCAAUUUUAAAUUUAAUUUGACGGAGGACAUGUAUGCCCAGGAUUCUAUAGAGCUACUAACAACAUCUGGUAUCCAGUUUAAAAAACAUGAGGAGGAAGGAAUUGAGACCCAAUAUUUUGCAGAACUUCUUAUGACAUCAGGAGUAGUCCUCUGUGAAGGGGUCAAAUGGUUAUCAUUUCAUAGUGGUUAUGACUUUGGCUAUUUAAUCAAAAUCCUGACCAACUCUAAUUUGCCUGAAGAAGAACUUGACUUCUUUGAGAUCCUUCGUUUGUUUUUUCCUGUCAUUUAUGAUGUGAAGUACCUCAUGAAGAGCUGCAAAAAUCUCAAAGGUGGAUUACAAGAAGUUGCUGAGCAGUUAGAGCUGGAACGGAUAGGACCACAGCAUCAGGCAGGAUCAGAUUCAUUGCUCACAGGAAUGGCCUUUUUCAAAAUGAGAGAAAUGUUCUUUGAAGAUCAUAUUGAUGAUGCCAAAUAUUGUGGUCAUUUGUAUGGCCUUGGUUCUGGUUCAUCCUAUGUACAGAAUGGCACAGGGAAUGCAUAUGAAGAGGAAGCCAACAAGCAGUCAUGACAUGAAAUAGCCCUUUUAUUUUUAUUUUAUUUUAUUUUAUUUGAGCUACACACAUGCUUGUAUAUAGGUUUUAUCUCUGGUUGAAUCCUUUGGACAAUAGACCAUACCUUAUUUUUCCCUUUCAUAGCUCAUUUUAUUUUCUGCCUUUCAGUACUAAGUAUGAGCAUUCCUAUCUCAGAUCUCAAUAAAUAGAAAA